UUGAGUAAAAAAGUUUGCUUUUCGGUUACAAACAGCAAAGACCCGAGCUUCCGGACAAACAUACGUCCUUCUCUUGAGACAUCUCGUCUCUUGCGGCACGCAUACCUUUUUUUUUUUUUUUUUUUCAAAAAAGGCAUAUAAGAAAACACCCUCUAUUUCUUCUGGAACGUCCUCUUCAACUUCGCCCCUUGCCCGCCUUCUGCCCCCUUCGUCGGAACUCAUCCUCUCCUUUCCGCACGACGACGAAACCAAGACAAGACGCGCUCCGCCUCCGCCCACAAUGUCCGGUCCUCCGCCCCCUCUGCCGUCCAACCUCGUGACCUUCGGCCCCAAGGCAAACUGCACCCUCGACCUCUGCCCCCUCGAGUACAGCCUGUACCGGUACCGCCCGAACCUCGCCGUCAACGUCCUCUUCCUCGCCCUCUUCGCCCUCGCCGCCGUCGUCCACAUCGGUCUCGGCAUCCGCUGGCGCGCCCGGGGGUUCAUGGCCUUCAUGAUCGCCGGCUGCCUCUGCGAGAUCGUCGGCUACAUCGGCCGCAUCAUCAUGUACUACAACCCCUUCCAGUUCGUCGGAUUCAUGCUCCAGAUCAUUUUCAUCACCUGCGGGCCGGUAUUUUACACCGCUGCCAUAUACGUGACCAUAGGCAGGGCCAUCGACUCCUUCGCGCCGGAGCUCUCCCGCAUCCCCACCAAAGUCAUGUACUGGCUCUUCAUCUCCUUCGACAUCUUCUGCCUCGUCCUCCAGGCCGCCGGCGGCGCGCUGAGCACGACCUCGGCCGGCAGCUCCGACGUGGGCGUCGACCUCGCCAUGGCCGGCCUGGUGCUCCAGGUCGUCGUGCUGGUGGCCUUCUGCGCCCUCUUCGCCGACUACAUGUUCCGCUACACGCGCUCCGGCGCCGCCCGCCCGCUCACGCUUCGCGACAGGCUCUUCUUCGGCUUCCUCGCGCUGGCGGUCAUGCUGGUCCUCGCGCGCUGCGCCUACCGCGUCGACGAGCUCAGCGAUGGCUACAGGCAGUCGGAGAAGCUCGCGAACGAGGGCCUGUUCAUCGGCCUCGAGGGAGUUCUCAUCAUCUGCGCUGUUUUUGCGCUGUGCAUCGGUCACCCCGGAAUGGUCUUUGGCAGGAGAAAGGCCACUGAUGGCGUGAGCAAGGGGUCCAGUGCCGAAAGUGGCAUCGAGAGCGGUGCAACGCAGAUGGAGCAAAAGUGAUGGAGACGCUGUUUCUCGCUCCCGUGCGGCUUGCACUGCAUGGAGCCUGGUUUCGCUGCUGAGCGGUGUGCUUGCGUGUUUCUCGAAUUCUUACAAGGCGUGUCCGUCCCACUGCCUAGGGGCCUAUUUCAAUUAUUGCAUUAGAAGCGGUAUCUAGCGUUAUACCCCCAGCGCUUCGAUACGUGAAGUAGAGUAAUCAAUGGUACUGUCAAGUCGC